AUGAAAACGGAGAAGAAAAGAUGGCGCAACGAUGUUGGGCUUGUGAAACUGCGACAUCUUCAUGAUGACGACGAAGAAGAAGAAGAGGGGGGCCUCCUUAUGAUUUGUAUUCACUGCAGUACCUUUGAUUUUACAGAUUGCUUUUGCCGUUUGCUUUAUGAGUUUUUUGAAUGGUUCCACCAUGUAUCGAUUCGAUUCGGUUACAAAUUGUUCGAGUCCAGUGAUAUGACUCCGAUUCUUGCCGAAUUGUCCGAUAUGGCAAAAUCAACAAGGGACUUGAGUUUGCGGGCAACGAACCUUUCUUGGGUUGUCGAUGCCUUCACCCAAUUUAGAGAUAUCAAGAAGAGCAAAAAGGAGAAGAUCGGUAUUUCAAGCAGAAUGGCUCAAGAUGUAGAAGAAGACCUGAAAAUUGAAGGGGAUUCAACUUGUGAUGAUUUUGAUUUUGGAUUUAAUGUGGAAAAUGGGGAUUUGAAGAGUGUGAUGAUCGAGGUGGGUGAGGGAUUCUUUGAUUUAAAUGAAGUGGAUGAUAGUUCUCAAGGGCAUGGUGACAGUAAUGAAAGUUCAACUGACAAGGGCAUGGUGAUAGUAAUGAAAGUUCAACUGAUGAGUCCAACUGUAGCGUUCCCAAUGAGAGGGAAGAUGAACCAAGCUUUGCUGAUUUUUCUGGUGAUAGAGAGAGGCUAUUUCAAGCUAGGGGACCAUGAUGACGUAAAAAAUUUAUAG